AUGACUAUUGAUAGUUAUUUUCAAUUGACGUUUGAAUUAGUUUCACGGUACGUGAAUCAAAUAUAUCCAUCAUCUUCAGAUUUCAAAUUAGUUCAAGUUACCAAUGAAUCAAAAUUAAAGCAAUCUAAAUUAUAUAGAGGUGAAGAACAGAUAUUAUUUUUAAGUUUUACUGAAAUUUCCGAGAUUCAAUCAUUAGUUAAUUUAUUAAAUAUUGAUGGUAGAUUAGAUAAUGCAUUGAUUAAUUGGGAAUGGUUUGAUUUGGAAACUAUAAGGUUCCCAAUUGAAGAAUCCAAUAUCCCUCAAGAUUUAGUUGAAAAAUUCAAUACAAAAUUUAGAUUAAUUGUUGAUGAUGAAAAGAGUAGUUCUAUCUUUUCUCAUUCUACAAAACCAGGUUAUGAUGGUCCAGUUAUAGAAGAGCAUACUGAUAGUGAAAGUAUUAGAUCUCCAACUCCAGAAACUCCAUAUCAUCCAAAUCAACAAGAAGGUCAACCAUCUUAUUUUCCUCCUACUGCUGGUGUAAAACCAGAUAAUUCGAUAUUCAAGGGUCCGUCCACUGAUAUUCCAGUAAAUCAAAUGAAGAAACCAUCAGAUAUGCCUGAAUUUGAUGAUGAAUAUGAAAUUAAAAGUCCACCAGCUCCGGUCAAUGAUACUUUAGGUCAAAGUAAAGUUACUCCAAUUGGAUCCGAUGAUUUAAAUCCUCCUGGAAUAGGUGCUCAUCCUACUUUAAAGCCUUAUUUGGAUCCUUUACAAGGUGGUGGAAAUGACCAUCAAGGUAUGUAUCCAGAUCCACAACAUCCAAUGUUUGGUCAACCUAAACCUCCAGGAUCAUCAGGAGGUUUUGGUAGUGCUCCUCCAGGUGCUAGAUAUGAUGAUCCUUUUGGACCACCAGGAUUAUAA